AUGGAUUUCAACAGCUCGUCGCCGUACCCGGAAGGGGUCAUCUCCUUCCUGGACACGGACCUGUACAAGCUGACGAUGCAAUGCGCCGUGCUCAAGUACUACAAGGACGUGCCGGUGACGUACUCGUUUACCAAUCGGACGCCGGAGAAGAAGCUUUCGCGGACGGCCUUCCGCUGGCUGAGCGAGCAGAUCAACAAGCUCGGCAACAUCUCGCUGCAGGACGAGGAACAGGCCUUUCUGCGCACGCACUGCCCUUACCUCAACGACGCGUACCUGGACUUUCUCAAGGAAUUCCGGCUGAAUCCGCGCGAGCAGGUCACCGUCACCUUUCAGCCGGUGGCCGCUCCAGGCACCGACUCAGGCUUCCCGGCCGAAGAGCUGGGCGACGUGCACAUUGCCAUCCACGGUUCCUGGGUCGACACGAUCCUGUACGAGAUCCCCAUUCUAGCCCUGACAUCCGAGGCCUACUUCAAGUUCAUGGACACGGACUGGACGUACGACGGCCAAGAGGACCUGGCGCGCGACAAGGGCAUGCGCUUCCUCGAAGCCGGCUGCAUCCUGUCCGAGUUUGGCACUCGGCGCCGCCGCGACUACCACACACAGGCCCUCGUCUUCCGCGGCCUCGUGCAAGCGAGCAAGGCCGCUGUCGCUGCCGGUCUGCCCGGCCAGCUGUCCGGCACGAGCAACGUGCACCUGGCCAUGCGCUUCAACAUCCCGCCCAUCGGCACGGUAGCCCAUGAGUGGUUCAUGGGCAUCGCCGCCCUCCUGGGCGACUACACUCGCGCGACCGAAGAGGCACUCGCCCGCUGGGUCGGCUGCUUCGGCGAGGGCGUGCUGGGCAUCGCCCUGACCGACACCUUUGGCACGCCCGACUUUUUGCGCGUCUUUGGCCGGCCGGUGCGUGCACCGACGACGACGACUUCAGCUCAGUCCACACCCCGCACAUAUGCGGAGGUCUUCACCGGCGUCCGGCAGGACUCGGGCGACCCGGCCGUGUACGUCAAGACGAUGCGGGCAUUCUACGACCAGCAGGGCAUCACGGCCAAGAAGGUCAUCGUCUUCUCCGACUCACUCAACAUCGAGACCUCGCUGGCAUACAAGAAGGUGGCCGAGGCAUCCGGCUUCCAGCCUACCUUUGGCGUGGGCACGUUCCUGACAAACGACUUUGUCAACGUCAAGACGGGCCAAAAGUCCACGCCCAUGAACAUUGUCAUCAAGCUGAGCUCGGCCAACGGCCGGCCAGCCGUCAAGAUUAGCGACAAUGCCGGCAAAAACACGGGCGACAAGGCGACGGUCGAGCGAGUUAAGCGCGAGCUCGGCUACGUCGAGAAGGACUGGGUCGGCGGCGACGAGACCCAUCGAUGGGGAAGAGAAAGCGACAAGGUCCAGACGGUGUGA